AUGCAGCGCAGGAGCUAUGCCAUGACAGCUGAAGACACCAACAAGGGCGUGGAUCCGAAUGACUCCUUUCUCCAAGGCAACACCGCCAACUACAUCGACGAAAUGUAUAUGGCAUGGAAAAAGGACCCCUCGUCCGUCCACGUUUCGUGGCAGGCCUACUUUCACAACAUAGAAGAGGGCACUAUGCCAGUCUCCAAAGCUUUUCAACCUCCUCCGGGCCUUAUCUCCCAAGCUGAAGGCGCCGCCAGCCUCGCUCCAAGCGCAGUCCCCAGCACCGCAGGCCAAGACGUUACGAAUCACUUGAAGGUCCAAUUGCUUGUCAGAGCAUAUCAAUCGACCGGGCAUCAUAAGGCCAAGACAGAUCCUCUCGGUAUUCGUGGUGAGGCCGAAGCGUUUGGGUACCGUAGACCAAAAGAGCUGGAGCUGGAACACUAUGGUUUCACGGAGGCUGAUCUCGACCAAGAAUUCGUUCUCGGACCCGGCAUUCUUCCCAGGUUUGCCACAGAGUCGCGGCCAAAGAUGAAACUGCGCGAUAUUAUCGCUGCCUGCGAGAAGAUCUACUGCGGGUCGUAUGGUGUCGAGUACAUCCAUAUUCCAGAUCGAGAGCAAUGCGACUGGAUCAGAAACAGGAUCGAGGUGCCGACACCAUAUAAAUAUUCUGUGGAUGACAAGCGCCGCAUCCUUGACAGACUGAUUUGGAGCUCAAGCUUUGAGACUUUCUUGGCCACCAAGUACCCCAACGACAAGCGCUUCGGACUGGAAGGUUGUGAGACCCUCGUUCCGGGCAUGAAGGCCAUGAUUGACAGGAGUGUGGACUAUGGUAUCAAGGACAUCGUGAUUGGGAUGCCGCACAGAGGAAGACUGAACGUUCUGAGCAACGUUGUCCGCAAGCCCAAUGAGUCCAUCUUUAGUGAAUUUUCGGGCACCACUGAGGCAAGCGACGAAGGCUCUGGCGAUGUCAAAUACCAUCUCGGUAUGAACUUUGAACGACCCACACCGUCCGGGAAACGUGUCCAGCUCUCUCUCGUCGCAAACCCUUCUCAUUUGGAAGCCGAAGACCCAGUUGUGUUGGGGAAAACCCGGGCCAUUCAGCACUACAACAACGACGAGAUGAAACACCAGACAGCGAUGGGUGUCCUGCUUCACGGCGACGCCGCCUUUGCGGCUCAAGGUGUUGUCUACGAAACUCUGGGUUUCCAUGCUCUUCCUGCUUAUUCGACCGGCGGCACCAUCCAUAUAAUUGUCAACAACCAGAUCGGUUUCACCACCGAUCCUAGAUUCGCUCGAUCGACCCCUUACUGCUCGGACAUUGCCAAGGCAAUUGAUGCUCCUGUUUUCCACGUCAAUGGGGACGAUGUGGAAGCCGUCAACUUCGUUUGCCAACUGGCUGCCGACUGGAGGGCUGACUUCAAGAAAGACUGCGUUAUCGACAUUGUAUGCUACCGGAAGCAAGGCCACAACGAGACAGAUCAACCGGCCUUCACUCAACCGCUCAUGUACAAGCGAAUAGAGUCCAUUAAACCCCAACUCGACAAGUAUGUUGACAAGCUACUGGAAGAAGGCACUUUCAGCAAGGAAGACAUCGACGAGCACAAGAAAUGGGUGUGGGGAAUGCUCAAUGACAGCUUCGACCGAAGCAAAGACUAUCAACCAACAGGCAAGGAAUGGUUGACAUCCGCCUGGAACGGCUUCAAAUCACCAAAGGAGCUUGCCACUGAAGUCCUCCCACAUCCUCCCACCGGAGUUCCUUCAGAGAUAUUGAAGGAGAUAGGAGGAAAGAUCGCUGAGACUCCGGAGGGUUUCACCGUCCACCGUAAUCUCAAACGAAUUCUCGCUGGUCGCAGAAAGGCAGUUGAGGAAGGCCAGGGCAUCGACUGGGCCACGGCUGAGGCCCUUGCUUUCGGCACCCUUUGUCUCGAGGGUCACCAUGUUCGUGUAUCCGGCCAGGAUGUCGAGCGUGGCACGUUCUCCCAGCGUCAUGCUGUUUUGCACGACCAGGAGACCGAAAAAACCUGGACACCUCUUAACAACAUCUCCAAAGAGCAGGGAGCGUUCACCAUCUCCAACUCUUCCUUGAGUGAAUAUGGGGUGCUAGGUUUCGAAUAUGGUUACUCACUCUCGUCACCUAACGCGCUUGUCAUGUGGGAGGCGCAAUUCGGUGACUUUGCCAAUAAUGCUCAGUGCGUCAUUGAUCAAUUCAUCGCAUCGGGAGAGGUCAAGUGGCUCCAAAGGUCCGGUCUCGUCUGCUCUCUGCCUCAUGGUUACGAUGGGCAAGGACCAGAGCAUAGCAGUGGCCGUAUGGAACGGUAUCUGCAACUUUGCAACGAAGAGCCUCGAGUAUUCCCGUCACAGGAUAAACUCGACCGACAGCAUCAAGAUUGCAACAUGCAGGUAGCAUACAUGACGACACCCUCGAACUAUUUCCAUAUUCUCCGAAGACAAAUGAACAGACAAUUCAGAAAACCAUUGAUCAUAUUCUUCUCCAAAUCUCUCCUCCGUCAUCCUCUCGCACGCUCUAGCCUGGAGGACUUCACGGGUGAAUCCUACUUCCAAUGGAUCAUCCCAGAUCCAGAGCAUGGCAAGGGAAUGGUUGAGCCAGAUGAGAUCGACCGCGUCAUCCUAUGCACUGGUCAAGUAUAUGCAGCGUUACAUAAGCACCGCGCGGACAAGGGCAUCAAGAACGCUGCGAUCACCCGAAUCGAGCAGCUGAAUCCCUUCCCAUGGGCCCUCUUGAAGGAGAACCUUGACAAAUAUAAGAACGCCAAGACGAUCGUCUGGUGUCAGGAAGAGCCUCUCAACGCCGGAGCAUGGAGUUUUGUCCAGCCGCGUAUUGAAACAUUGUUGAACGAGACGGAGUACCACAACAGACGGCACGUCAUGUAUGCAGGACGGGACCCCAGUGCAUCUGUCGCGACGGGUCUGAAAGCCACUCACGUCAAGGAGGAGCAGGCGCUGCUUGAGGAGGCGUUUACGGUCACGCAGGAUAAGUUGAAGGGUGAAUGA